AUGAAUUGUUACGACGAUUGUUAUAUAAAUAAUAGUACCAACUAUAAUUUCAAUGAGAACAUAGAUUAUUUGUCUAAUGAAAUCCAUAUACCCAAUAGUUUAUUAAUUAAAUGUUGGAAACAAAGUAAAUAUGAUAUUUCAAUCAUAAUACCUUCAACCAUAUCAAGAAGAUUAGAGAAUAUCAGUUGGAGGAGAUUGUAUAAAAAUUUACACAAUUUAGACGAAAUUAGUCCCACCGUUAUAAAUUGGUAUAAAGACCAUGAUAUUAAUUGGUGUUAUGGACCAAAAUUUGUUGAUGAUGACUUAAUUACUUUACCAGUAGAAGAAGAAGUCAUUGAAGAACCUUUACAAGAUAUCCAACAAUCUAUUUUGGAUAUUAGUGACGAUAGUGAUUAUGAAAGUGAAUUGUCUGAUUAUGAUUCUGAAGUAAAUUUACACACCACUUUUUCUGCAUCGUCAGUUGAAUCCAUGGAUAAAUCAUUAAUCAAGAAUGUAUUACCUUUAAAAAAGAAGAGAGUUAAGUUCAAUUUCAUAAUAAAUUCAAGAGAAAUUAUCAACGGUAUUUCCAUUGACUAUGAUUUUUUGGAUAAUGAACUCCUCAAUACCAUCAAUUAA